GGGUGACCACGGACUGCUACACUCGCUACCCAACCCGACUUUGGUUCAGCUUGGCGCAAGAAAGUGGCUGAAGACGCGUAACUAUCAUGAUGAGAUAAGAAACCCAUUUUCCAGUCAUGUUGCGUGUUGUUGUUGAAUCCGCUUCGGGCAUUCCUAAAAAGAAAAUUGGAAAUCCGGACCCCAUUGCAACGAUCGUUUUUAAAGGCGAAAAAAAGAAAACUCGGUCUAUUAGCAGUGAAGUCAAUCCUGUCUGGAAAGAGACACUUGAAUUUGAUUUAAAGGGCACCCCUCUUGAUUCCACUUCCUUCAUUGAUGUGAUUGUAAAAGACUUUGAGAGCCUUGGAAAAGACAAGUUCAUUGGUUCAGCAAAAGUCUAUUUAAAAGACCUAGCAAGUGGUCAAGCAAAGUCACUUCCUUCAAAAAACUUGGCUUUAGUCAGUGAAAGUGGACAGAAUAUUGGAGCCACAAUUGAUCUGGUCAUUGGUUAUGAGCUACCAGCCAGUGCUAUUCCAAACCCAAGUGAUCAGCAGGAUGGCAGUAUGGCAGGAAAUGCAGGUGGGGUUGAUGGAGGAAAUGAAGACCUUGUUGAUAUGGGGGGUACACCAUCCUCCGCUCAGCUGAACCAGAGAAUUCAGCUGAGCAGUAGAAAAAAGCACCGACCUUUAUCCAAUAAACCUCAGGACUUCCAGAUCCGUGUUCGGGUCAUUGAGGGUCGCCAGUUGCCAGGGAACAACAUCAAGCCUGUUGUUAAAGUAAACACGUGCGGGGAGACCCACAGAACCCGCAUCAGAAGAGGAAAUAACCCAUUCUUUGAUGAGAUGUUUUAUUACAACGUCCACAUGCUGCCUUCAGAUCUCUUUGAUCAACAUAUCAGCAUUCGGGUGUACAACUCCUCAUCCCUCAGGGCUGACAGUCUCAUGGGAGAGUUUAAGAUCGAUAUUGGCUAUAUCUAUGAUGAACCAGCUCACUGCAUCAUGAAGAAAUGGCUACUUCUAAACGACCCUGAUGACUCGAGCUCUGGAGCAAAGGGUUACCUAAAAGUCAGCUUGUUGGUAGUGGGCACAGGAGAUGAUCCUCCGGUAGAGAAGAAGGAGCAGGACAGUGAUAACGACGAUGUGGAGAGUAACUUGCUCCUGCCAGCUGGAGUUGUUCUGAGAUGGGCCACACUGCAAAUCAAAGUGUUCCGCGCAGAGGACAUGCCUCAAAUGGAUGACUCUAUUGCCCAGUCUCUGAAGGAGGCAUUUGGUGGGGAAAGUAAUAAGAAGAACCUAGUGGAUCCAUUUGUCGAGGCCUGGUUUGCUGGCAAGAAGCUGUGUACAAAAAUAAUUGAGAAGAAUGCAAAUCCUGAAUGGAACCAGUUGCUUAAUUUGCAGAUUAAGUUUCCAUCUAUGUGUGAGCGCCUGAAACUGACUGUUUUUGAUUGGGAUCGCCUGACAAGGAACGAUGCUGUAGGCACUACGUACUUGAAUCUGAUGCAAAUAGCAUCCUCUGGUGGUGAAGUUGAAGAGGAACAUCUGGGAAAUGAGUUUCUAGGAAAUAAAGGAGAAACAGGGGAGUCUGGAGUUGGUUUUCUGCCUGCGUUUGGGCCCAGCUACAUUAACCUGUAUGGGAGCCCAAGAGAGUUUACCGGAUUUAUGGACCCUUAUGAAGAUCUUAACUAUGGAAAGGAUGAAGGAGCAGCCUACAGAGGAAGAAUUCUUAUUGAGCUUUCAACAAAGCUUCAGGGAAAGGCAGACAAGGAUGUGGAUGUGAUACCUAACGAUGACAUCUUGGUUGCUCAGAAAUACCAGCGGAGGAGGAAGUACUGCUUGUGUGCAGUGUUCCACAGCGCCACCAUGAUCCAGGAACCCGGAGAGCCCAUUCAGUUUGAAGUGAGCAUCGGGAACUAUGGCAACAAGCUGGACAGCACGUGCAAACCUCUGGCUUCAGCCACUCAGUACAGCUGUGCUGUUUUCGAUGGUAAUCACUACUACUACUUGCCCUGGGCUGACAUGAAGCCUGUCGUUGCCAUUAUGUCAUUUUGGGAGGAUAUCAGUCAUCGCUUAGACUCUGUUAACAUCAUUCUCUACAUUGCAAACCGUUUGCAAGCUAACAUCACUGAGUUAAAGACUGCAGUGCAGGCUAAAGCACCAGACAUGAAAAUGGCAGAGAUUUGGAGCAAGCUUAUCAGCCAGCUGAUGGACGACAUUAACAGGUUUAAGCUGCCAGAUCUGGAGGGCAAGUCUAAUCUCACAGCCCUGGACCUCCAGAUUAAGAAGUUACGGGACAGUGCCUUGAGCAGCAUCGUGGCUGCAGCUGAGCACUUGUUCCAGGAGGAUGCUGAUAUAAAGGAGCGCCUGGUCACCAUUGAUGGCUGGCUGGACAACCUUAAACAACUGGCUGAAGAGCCCCAGAACAGCAUGCCUGACGUGGUCAUCUGGAUGCUGAGGGGAGAGAAGAGGGAGGCCUACACUCGGAUCCCUGCCCAUCAGGUCCUGUAUUCUGACUACAGCAGGGAGGCAUGUGGCCAGCACUGUGGAAAAACACAGAGCAUUUUCCUCAAGUAUCCCAUGGACAAAAACAAGGGCUCAAAGGUCCCUGCCCUAGUGCGGGUCAAUAUGUGGUUGGGUCUAUCAACGCUUGAGACGAAGUUCAACACUUAUGCUGAGGGAUCAUUCAAUGUCUUUGCAGAGCUGUACGAGAACCAGGCCAAGGUGCUGGCGAAGUGGGGCACCACGGGUCUGCUGAACCGGGGAAAUUUCACCGACGUGACCGGUAAAGUGAAGCUGAAGAAGGAGUACUUCAUGCCCCCUCGAGGCUGGCAGUGGGAAGAUGACUGGUUUGUGAAUCCUGAGAAGAGUUGGCUGACAGAGGCAGACGCGGGACACAGUGAUUUCUUGGACGAGGUUUAUGAGAACGAAACUCGGUACCCUGGAGGGGAGUGGAAGAAUGCGGCAGAGCAUUACACAGAUGUGAAUGGAGAGAAGGCCCGUAGCCCUGACGAAAUUGUGUGCCCUCCUGGAUGGAAAUGGGAGGAUGAUUGGACCUUUGAUGACAAAAGGGCAGUGGAUGAGAGAGGUUGGGAGUAUGGAAUCACAGUUCCUCCUGAUGAUAAGCCCAAGUCAUGGGUAGCAGCUGAGAAGAUGUACCACGUACACCGUCGUAGGAGAAAGAUCCGACGUCGCAUUAAGGUUGCUGGUGGCAGCCCAACCCCUGAGGCACAGAAGAGAGAUGCAGGAGAUCCAGAAGGCUGGGAGUUCUCGUCGCUCAUUGGUUGGAAGUUCCACAGCAAGGAGCGCUCCUCCGACACAUUCCGCCGGCGCCGCUGGAGAAGGAAGAUGGCACCUGCCCAGUCUGUUGGUCCUUCGGCCAUCUUUAAACUGGAGGGGGCGCUGGGAAUUGAUGUUGAUGAAAAGGAGGACGACAAAGGUUCAAAAGCAGAUGCCAACACGCCCAGUGUGUCAUGUAGUUUUGACCGGCCCAGUGAAUACCACCUAAGGGUCUAUGUCUACCAGGCCAGAAACCUGAUGGCUUUGGACAGGGACAGUUUCUCAGAUCCUUAUGUACAUGUGUCAUUUUUACACAUGAGCCAGACCACAGAAAUCAUCAAGUCCACUUUGAACCCAACGUGGGAUCAAACCCUUAUAUUUAACAGAGUGGAAAUCUAUGGUGAUCCACAAAUGCUCGCCAGCAACCCACCCCAAGUUGUGCUGGAGAUUUUCGACAGUGACCAAGUGGGAAAAGAUGAGCUGCUUGGCAGGAGUAUGUGUCUGCCCUUAGUGAAACUGAACCCGGUAGUGGGCAUCGCGGCUAAGCUGCUCUGGUGCCCAGUCCUUCAGAAGGGAAUACAUGCUGGAGAAAUCCUGGUUGCUGCUGAGCUCAUUUUGAGGGACAAGGGUGCUCAGACCGAGCUUCCCCUUAUUCCUCCGAAAAGAGGAGACAGCCUGUACAUGGUUCCUCAGGGCAUUCGUCCUGUAGUGCAGCUCACCGCUAUAGAGAUCUUGGCAUGGGGUUUGCGCAACAUGAAGACCUACCAGUUGGCCCCUGUGUCUUCUCCCAGUUUGGUGGUGGAGUGUGGAGAGGAGAGGGUUCAGUCUGCCGUCAUUAGGAACAUAAAGAAGAGCCCCAAUUUCCCCACAAAUGUCCUCCUCCUGAAAGCGAGCUUACCCAAAGAUGAGAUGUACAUGCCUCCAAUUGUCCUGAAAGUAAUUGACCACAGGCCGUUUGGGAGGAAGCCAGUGGUAGGACAGUGCACCAUCACCUCACUGGAGGAAUUCCGAUGUAAUCAUGAUGAAGUUGCUGAAGUGGCCAUGUCAUCUAAAGUGGCUUUGAUGGCAUCCACCCCUCAGGAACUCCACAUAAACAUAGAGGAACGGCCUCUUCUCGAGACGCAGUUUAUGUACGGCUUCUCAGCAGCUGUUGACAAAAUGACCACAUCAGUUCUACUCCGUCAAGAAAAGGAGAAAGAGGCAAUUGAUUGGUGGAGUAAAUUUUAUGCUUCCACUGGAGAACAUGAGAAAUGUGGCCCAUACCUUGAGAAAGGCUAUGACAUACUGAAGGUGUUUAACUGUGAACUUGAAGAUGUAGGUGAAUAUAAGGGCCUGACUGAUUUCUGCAACACCUUUAAAUUGUACCGUGGCAAGAAUGAGCAUGGUGAUGAUGACCCUACUGUGGUUGGGGAGUUCAAGGGUGCCUUUAAGAUCUACCCGCUGUCAGACGACCCAGCUGUGCCCUCUCCUCCACCGCAGUUCAAAGAGCUUCCAGAGAGUGGGCCUCAAGAGUGCCUUAUCAGGAUCUACGUGGUCAGAGGAAUUGACCUGCAGCCCAAAGACAACAACGGUUUAUGUGACCCAUACAUCAAGAUUUCUUUGGGAAAAACUAUCAUUGAUGACAGAGAUAAUUAUAUACCAAAUACUAUAAACCCAGUCUUUGGAAGAAUGUUUGAAGCGUCAUGCUUCCUCCCUCAAGACAAAGACCUGAAAAUCUCAGUGUAUGAUUUUGAUCUGCUUACCCAUGAUGAGAAGGUUGGAGAGACGGUGAUCGACCUGGAGAAUCGGUUACUCUCUCAUUUUGGUUCCUACUGUGGCCUGCCCCAGACAUACUGCAUCUCUGGACAAAACCAGUGGCGGGAUCAGCUGAAGCCAUCCCAGAUUCUUCAGAACCACGCACGUCUGAAAGGAGUGUCUCCUCCUAGAACUGAGGACAAUGGCAACACCUUAAUCUUCAGUGGUCGGGAAUAUCGCCUUUCUGACUUUGAGGCAAACAAAGAACUUCACCAGCACCUGGGUCCACCCAGUGAGCGGAUCUCAUUACAUGUUCUCAGAACACAGGGCCUGGUUCCAGAACACGUGGAGACUAGAACACUCUAUAGCACCUUCCAACCCACUCUCUCACAGGGAAGCCUUCAAAUCUGGGUUGAUGUUUUCCCCAAAAGCCUCGGAGUACCUGGGCCUCCUUUUGAUAUAUCUCCACGCAAGCCUAAGAAAUAUGCGCUGCGGGUCAUUGUUUGGAACACCACCAAUGUCAUUUUGGAUGAAACUAGCAUCACUGGAGAGCAUAUGAGUGACAUAUAUGUGAAGGGCUGGAUGCCAGGUAUGGAAGAGGACAAGCAGAAGACUGAUGUCCACUACAGAUCUCUUGAUGGCGAUGGAAAUUUCAACUGGAGAUUUGUCUUUGAGUUUGAUUACCUUCCAGCAGAGCAACUUUGCCUUGUUUCCAAAAAGGAACAUUUCUGGAGUCUGGACAAAACAGAGUUCAGAAUUCCACCAAGGCUGAUCAUUCAGAUAUGGGACAAUGAUAAAUUCUCACUGGAUGACUACCUUGGAACUGUUGAACUUGAUAUGCUCCACCUCAUCACGCCUGCCAAACUAUCUGAGAAAUGCAGCCUGCACAUGCUAGAUAACACACCUAAAUCAGGCCAGAAAUUCGACCAUUCAAAAUCCUUGUUUGCCCAGAAGUCGGUCAAAGGAUGGUGGCCGUGCUACAUUGAAAAAGAUGGAAGGAAGGAACUUGGUGGAAAGGUUGAGAUGACACUGGAGAUAGUGAAUGAAGAGGAAUCAGAGGAGAGGCCAGCAGGAAAAGGAAGGGACGAACCCAACAUGAAUCCAAAGCUUAACCCUCCAAACCGACCUGAGACUUCAUUCUUCUGGUUUACCAACCCAUGCAAGACAUUGAAGUUCAUUGUGUGGCGGAGAUUCAAGUGGCUGUUCAUUGGCCUGAUUCUGUUAAUCUUAGUGCUGCUGUUUGUUGGAAUCCUUCUCUAUUCAUUACCGAACUACAUUUCAAUGAAAAUAGUGAAGCCGCUUCAAUGAGAUGAAUAACUGGUUUAAGUCACACUGGUCGGUGAUUAAAAGCAGCAGGAUGAAAAGACAGAUUUUAUAUUUACAUAUCUUAAGUAGUUUAACAUGAUGGCAAUAAAAUACUGUUCAUUUAUUCUUUUAACAUUUAUUGCAAUCAAUGCAAAUUCUUAGAUCUGAUUUUUUUUGUCCACUCAAAUUUUGCAUGGAACUGAUUUGUUCAUUUGCAUGUUACAAGAUCACAGAAGUCCUUCUCAGCACUUUUUUACUAUUAUGUUAGCCUAUAUAUUUUGAUCAAAAAGUAUUAUACUGCCUCAAUAAAUGUAUCUGUU